AAAUUAUUAUACAUUUUAAAAGUCAUUAAAAAAAAAAAAAGUCUGAGAAAGAUGGAAGUGUGAAGUUUAUAGUAAUAGACAGACUGGGAUACAGUCAUUCAUACUAAAGGCCAAACACAGUGAAGUUUGUUGGGCAGGCCAGAGGAUGUGGGACUGGACUCCUCCCACCACCAACAAAAUCCUUCCUUUUAACUUCACACUGCCCCUGAGAGCACAUGACACGCACACACAGACACACAAAAACAGACAACGGGAUCAGGAUAUGACAUCAUACGCAGGAAGGGAAGCCAAGUAACUUUUCGUCUUGCUUUUUCACUCUAAACCCUAUUCCUAAGUGAGUUUUGGAGGGAAAAGACCGCCUGAUGAGUGCAAGAAAGGAUCCUCAAGGGACUCUUUGGAUUUGCUCUGCUCCCUCUCGGAGAGAACAGGAGAGCGAGGGAAUCUUUUCAGGUUUCCCACAACAUUCCAAGUGUCUACGGCAGGAUUAAAGCCAGUUACAGCAACAAGUGUCAGAAACAGACCUUCUGCAAAAUGUGUCAACAUGAGCUAUGAGAAACUCCCUAUCGGAUGUGUUGAGGGCCCUGGGAAUCAUUCAAGUGAAAAAUCACAGUCUUCCAGAUCCUGAUUGGAUCUGACGACUCCGUCGCCCUGCUCAGUUCAGCAAUGGCUCUGUGCUUGGGUCAGGUUUUCAGCAAGGACAAAACAUUCCGGCCUCGAAAGCGAUUUGAACCUGGAACCCAGCGCUUUGAGCUGUACAAAAGAGCCCAAGCGUCUCUGAAAUCAGGCCUGGACCUGAGGAAAGUGGUGCAGCUGCCGGACGGGGAGAACAUUAAUGACUGGAUAGCUGUGCAUGUGGUGGAUUUCUUCAAUCGUAUCAACCUCAUCUACGGGACCGUGAGCGAGUUCUGCACUGAGAAGAGCUGUCCCAUCAUGUCUGGAGGACCACGUUAUGAAUACAGGUGGCAGGAUGGGGAUCAAUACAAGAAGCCCACCAAACUGCCUGCUCUUAUAUACAUGAACCUCCUGAUGAACUGGAUCGAGUCCCUCAUCAACAAUGAGAACAUCUUUCCCACACGAGUAGGAGUGCCUUUUCCAAAGAACUUUCAGCAGGUGUGCAAGAAGAUACUGAGCCGCUUGUUUCGGGUGUUUGUACACGUGUACAUCCAUCACUUUGACAUGAUCUGUAGUAUGGGAGCUGAGGCCCACAUCAACACCUGCUACAAACACUACUACUACUUCAUCUCUGAGUUCAGCCUCAUCGACCACUCGGAGCUGGAGCCGCUUAAAGAAAUGACAGAUAAGAUCUGUAACUGAAAGAUGUGGAGAACGGAUGGGAAUCCAGAUGUCAAACAUUCAGACCAAAGGUCUGAUCUAAGAUCAGGCGAGACCAGAGACUCACAAAUGAGCUAAAAUGCAAUGCAUCUGUGCUUCUUUCUGAAAUACUUGUGGGUCCAGUAAUUCAACACAUGUUCUUGAGACAGUAAAUGUUUAAAUUACGUACUGUAUCUCAAAAUCUGAAGCAGCGAUCUGAAAUGAUGCAUCGAUUGCUUCGUAUUCUGCAUACAUUUUUUUGAGCAUUUCACCACGUGACUUCAAAGAAGCUUUUAAAAUAUUUGUUCCUGAGGAUAAUAUGUCUGGAAAGGGCAUGUCUAAAACUUCUGCCAAGUUUGAGAGGCUGCAUUCUUGCUGUCGUAUCUGUGCCAAUGCAGGGGCAGAAGCCUUUGCUAGUAUCUUUAUUUAACCAGGGCAUGUGCAGUAAGAAACUAUUACCAUAACUAGUGACUGAUGAUGACUAGUACUCAACGGUAUUAUUCUUAUUUCAGACAUUUUGUUCUGACAAUGUGCUGUUUUUGCCAAUGUAUUUUUCUGCAUGCAAGUUUAAAAUACAAACAUUUUAAAUGUCAA